AUGAAUAACGGUGACAUCGGAGGGCCUAGAGGCAAAGGCCGCGGAUGGCAGCAUCCCGAUAAUCAGCCACGGGAGCUCCGUAGGCCAAAGAUCGUUGCAGAGGAAUCCGCUUCCGAGGAAUCAAAAGUUGAACCUUCCAAAUCAAAAUUGUCGGCUGAUGCCAAGGAAUGGUACCCGCCUAACUACACCCGGCAUGUACCAACAUACACACCGGAUCCUGCAUCUUAUAGACCUCAACGGUUCUCUGUGCAAGGUCGGCUUCGUCAAGCUCAGGAUCAAAAUCCCUACAAUUUAGAAGAAAUGUCUUAUUCACUUGAUGAAGCUGAGAAUAUGGAUUUAAGGUCUGCCGUUCCGCAGGAGAACAUAGCCAACCUGAUAACAGUCAUGUGUGAGAUAACAUUUGAUCCUGGCAAGUUUGACACCCUGUGUGGACCUUUGGUUGAUGCCUUUGCAACAACCCUACAUGAUGUGAACUACACUAGACCUCUAGUUGAAGCUAUUGUAAAUCAGUCGAUAGCUGAACCUAACUUCCGUUAUAAUGGAGCAAGACUCUGUUCGAUGUACGAUUCCGUAUCGCCGCCGGAAGAGUCCACCUUCCGCGCAUGUCUGUUGGAGAGGUGUUCCACUGAGGAGAACAAGAUCAUCAGCGGGUUGGAGACAUCAGAGGAGAACAUGCGCGGGUUCGCAAUGUUCCUAGCUGAGAUCUACACGCAACUGGAAGAUAGCCAGGGAGGAAGAAUCAAGACUCUAGGAGAAAGUUUGUGCAAAGUAUUGCUGCAUUUGCUUGACACGGACAAGGAAGUGAACAUCAAAGCUGUCUGUCAACUGCUCAAAUUGUCGGGUAUAGCACUGGAUGCGGAUUGUCAGUCGGGUAUGCACGCGGCGUUCGAGCGGCUGAAGCGGCGCUCGUCCCUGGCGUGCGUGCGCGGCGUGGUGGAGCUGCGCGCGGCGCGGUGGGGCACGGCGGAGCCCGAGCCCGUGCCCGUGCCGCAGCCAGACUUGCGCCGCCGGUACAACUACCCCGUAGAGAGCGGUCCGAGCGACGGUGGUUAUCUGGCGGACGGGCACACCCUGACAGCGGAGGAACGAGCCUUCCUGCAGAGCAACCUGCCGCCCGGCAAGAACGUCGCGCUCGACGAGGAUAUACUCGAGGAGCUCGAAAACGACGCGUGGGACACCGGCAUGGACGCUGAAAUGCAGGCUGGCUUCUUGGAGUUCCUCAAGAUGUCUAAUCAAAUCAAACGAUAA